AUGUCUCAGCUUCGAACCGAUCAGCUCAGCUCUACCACCGAUGGCAGACCACCACUACCUAACUCAGCCAUGACCUCGCGUUCAGGCCUUCUGGAAUGCUCCAACGAGGUGCUGAACAUCAUCUUUGGUGAACCAAGCUUGAGCAAGAAAGACAUCAAGUCUCUACGCCUCACUUCCAAGGAGCUUCAUCCAGCCGCGACAAGAGAGUUCGCGAGACGUUACUUCACCAAUCUUGUCGCUGUGUUGUCCCAGAACAGCCUCCAAUCUCUCGUCGAUAUCUGCGAGCAUCCUCUGUUCCGCCCUUACGUUCUAUCCGUCCGCUUCUUGACCACCAGCCUGUCUCUUGAGAGGCUCAGAAGAGAUGCACAGGACAUACCUUUCAAGAGCGAUCCCAUAGAUUUGGCUACCACCCUCGCAAUGAUCGGUAAGCAUGCGGAGCUCUGCAAAGAACAGAUACAGCUGGAGACUUUCGGCGCAAAGAAACUCCUUGUCAAAGCCUUCUCAGCACUUGAGCAUCCUUUCGCCAUCAAGUUCACUAAUGCUCCAGAGUCCAUGGAUCUGGUUGAAGUUCUUGGUCUCCCACGCAUUACUUAUGACUACGAUCAUGCCACUGGCAAACGGUGUUACGACAUGUUCAACAACGCCUCUAAGAUGAAGAGUUUAUCAGGGUUGGUACAAGAAGCCAUCGCGGAACUGAGCGCUGGCGAUCGCAAGUCGUUCGUAAGCCUCAAGUAUCACAUCAGAGUCCUUACUGGGCGUGUGGCCUAUGGCAAUGGCAUUGGAGAUUGUAUCGGUCGUAUUGGGAUCGAUAGUUUUUCCCAGGUCUAA